AUGCAAAUGAAAAAGCCAAAACUCUUAACCCUGGAGAUGUUAAAAAAAACACAAAAGAAAAUACAGAAUCAAGGUACUACUUCCUCGUUAGUUCUUCCUGGUACAGCCAGAGGACCGUUGGAAAAUACCCCCCUCACCCUGGGUCCUGGAGUCCCUGAAAUCAGCCCCACCCACCCCACCGCACCCCCCCCCCCCAAAAGGAAAGAGAAUGUGGCUCUGGGAGGGAAAACAAAGCCCAGAGGUGAACUCACCCAAACCUUGGAACUGAGGUCUCCCUGGGAAGAGAGCAGCCCCGCGGGGAGACACCAGGAGGCUCCAGGACGCCGAGGGCUUCCGACGGGGAGCGCGGGGCGCCGGGGACGCGGGCAGGCCGGGGUCUCCCGGGUGCCUCCCCCGGGCCUCCGCAGCCGCGCGCGCAGGAAGACCCCGCGGGACCUCCGAGGCCAGGCUCGCGGGGGCGUCCCCUCCCCAGGCCCAGCCAGCCCGCCGCCGCCCUCGGGGCGGGGGGGGGGGGGGAACCCCGCCCCUGAGGGCUCCACGGACGCCGCGCCUUCCGUCCAGCGGGAGCUGCAGCCCGGCGGGAGCCCAAGGCCACCCGGACCGCCGCCGCCGCCGCUUCAAAUCCCUGGCAGAACGCGGACGGCGGGGAAUCUUCACCCUCCGGUCCCUUCGUCUACGUGCAGAUUCAAGCGUUCGCACCCACCAGCUACCACCUUCCCCACAGACACAAGACCGCCGGGAGGCCAGACCCACCCGCUCGGCCCGCCCAACCCAGACAGCGCGCGCCCGCCCGCCUGCGCGAGUGCAAUACACACGGCCGGAGUUCCUAGGGGAGGCCGCGGCCGCCGCCCCGCGCACCCUCAAUCGGGGUUCGCCCGAGCCAAUGGGAAGUGCCCGGCCUUCCCAAAGGCGGGGUAG